UUCGUUGCGCCAAGAUAAUUUAAUUCUGUUAAAUAUUAAAUUAAUUGUUCUUCUGGGUGAAGGUUCAAGUGACUGCUUUUUCUCACGUGCCCAGUUAAAAAAUCGUAACAAAUAUGACCCUAGAUGAUGAAAAGGUUUCUGUCCAGCGUUUCGUGUUAAGGUGCAAUGUUUCGGCGUGUUACCAGGAACUUUCCAACAAGACAGAUCAACCUUGGAUAACUGUUUGUGGGCACAUUUUCUGUGUGUCCUGUGGUUUGGCUGAACUAGGAAAACUUCCAGCCAUUUGUCCUAUUUGUUGUCAUCAAUUGACAAGCCCAUUUGAUAUCAUUCAGUCUGAACUGAAUCCUCCGAGUCACUUUGUUGAGAUGGUUUUGAUGGGACUCAAUCCUAAUGAUUGCCUUGAAGCAGCAAGAAGAGGAAUAUCAUUUUGGCAAAGCCAAUCUAUCUUGCAACUGAACAGCUCGGAAAAUAACGUUGAAAAUACUCGUUCGCAGAUCAUGGAAAUGCAGAGUCACUACGAGGACAAAGUUGCAAUGAUGAAUCGCGAGAUUUUCACCCUGAGAGAGGAAUGCCAACGUUUAAAAGAGGAAAAUUCUAAAUCGCAGCAUCACAAAGCACCAGUUGUAGCAGAUCAUCCUACUUUGAAUAUCCAUGAGCAACAGAAGGCGGUAGCCGUCACCACAGUCAGCACGAUCGGUACGGGAACUGUUAAAAAACAAUCGUACCCGCGGCCGUCAAUCCCACUGCAGCAUGUACGACCAACAUCUUCACGCAAUGACAGCCUACCGCAAAGACAGUUCCUUGGCAAAUUCUAGAACUAGUAAGUGUAAUUUCCUUGCUUAUCCGGGUUGAAGAAAAUAAUUCUUAGUUUCGUUCUUCGAUACAAGUGCGCUUAGUAUAAUUUAUUCCAAUUAAGGCGUUGCGUGUAUGUACGUUUCGCAGAUUCGGCUGUAGGCCACGGCCGAAUCGGUUUUUUACAACAAUUUCCUGGGACCAAAGAGAAUGCAAAAAAAAAAAAAAGAAAACCAAUGCCCUUCACGUAACCUUCUUCUAUCCGGUCAGAAGCGGUUUGAGUCUUUUCAUCUUCCUCACGCGGGUGCUUUGUUACGUUACAUCAACAUCUAGUUGUUUUUUGUAUAUCUCGAUCAACACCGAGAUAAACAAAUUGUUAUGU